GCUUUGGGCAGGAGGGCAGGAUCAAGCCCUUUAACGGCCCCGCAUGCCUGUCGGUCAUGUGCACUUGUGGUCACAAGCCCACUGUUCAUUUAUCCUCAGGGAAGGAAGAGUUGCCAUGACGACAGUGGUUAUCUGCAUCCUCCAUGGGUUUCCUGUGGAGGUGUGGUGAUCAGAAGCUGGGUUUGAGAGGACGCCAGUAUAGCAGCCACAGACCGCGGAGUGCAAACUGCUCAAUGUGGCGUGGGUUUCUGAAAGCUCCUGGAGGUCCCGAUCAUGGCGGAAUGGCAGUGAGCGGCCUCGCCAGGGCAGGCACGGCCCAGCCAUGGCUGCUGGCUUGCUUCCUGCUCUUCAUGCCGCUUCUGAUGGGCUUGAACCCUUCUGCCAGCACACAGCAGAAAUCCAACAGUUUCGGGCGACAGUUCCUGGGUCUGGACAAAUGCAGCGUCUGCGUGGGCACCUCCAUAUGCAAGAAGCUUUUAAAAGAGGAAAUAAGGUUUGAAAAGUGGCUGCCCCCUCGUCUGCCUCCAGCCGACAGGACGUCAUACGAGGGAACCUACACGGACGACUCGGAAAGCUGGAGGCCCGUGGUGCUGUCGCGGCUGGUGCCGCCACACCUGCAGGAGCUGGCCGACCGAGGCAUCUGCCGCUCGGUGGGCAGGAAAGCCUGCAGCAUCGAGGCUGUCCUCAGAGCCACGCCACGCUUCCAGAGCUGGGCGCGCUCCAACCUCCUGCAGCCCGGCAUGGUGCAGGGUCUGGCCACCCCGAUGCUGCGCUGCCCCUCCCAGAGGCUGCUGGACCGCAUCGUGCGCCGCUAUUUUGAGGUGGCAGAUGUGGGCAGCGCGCAGAUGAAGCACUUCGCCAGCAAGGACAAGCUCCGUCUUCUCUACACGCUGGCUGUCAGUCAACAACCUCUUAUACAGCAGAUGUUCCCAGGCACAGAGGGCUGGCCUUUUCCCCGCUACCACGGCUCCUGCGGCAGGCUGGUAGUGUGGGCUGCCUCCAGGCCCCUGACGGGUCUGUACGCGUCUCCCCUGGUGCGGCGGGCAGAUGCUGCCUACCAACUGCUCCACACCACCCAGAGCCUGGCCUCCAACAGCCUCCGCUUCAACCUCUACUACACCAGGGUGUCGCCGACCACUUUCGGCAUCACGGAAGAUGGCAGGCUUUCCAUCAUGGAUGCCAGCAACAUCGGGAUCAUAGACCUGCAGGAUGGAUUCUCCAACGAAGACCCGCAGGCAAACCACACGGAUGUCUUCUCCUGUCUGAGCGGCUCGUGCGAGAGGCCUGGUCCCUGCACCAGCGUUCGACUGUCUCAGAGCUUCACGCUGCUCUGCCGACACGUCCUGCCCGAGCUGCUGCUCCCCGGAGACGUGCGCCCGGGGGGCCUGCCUGCCAGGGCCAUCGCGGAGCUGGCUGUGUGCGCAGACCCCAAACACUCUGACCAAAGAAUUCUCAAAGCUGUGCAUAUACUGAAGAAAGCCCUGCAGCCUUUCAGACCAUGCAACAUCAGUUAUGGAUACAGGUAUCCUGAGUGUAGAUACAGUGACGAGUUCUAAAGCAGAAGGAACGAUAGCAUGACACUGAAUGACCAUCGCGGCUCGUCAGUGACACGUUAAAAGUCGAUCUGUGAGGCCGGAGGGUGUGUAGACAUCCUCUAAGCCACACUAAAGUGCUAACAAUGUUAUUUCAAAUCACUAGCGUCACUAGGUUUGCAGAAUAUUCCAGUGCGCUUGGAAGAUGAUAAACACACAUCUAUGCAGAGGGAGGGGAACUCCUACUGGUCAAUAAGCUGCUCCGUUCAGGGAAUUCUGUCCUCUGUAUUCCUAAAUGUUUAUAGCAAACAGGACUCAAUUUAAAGUUUAGGACAAAGUAAUGCAAGACAUGAUCAUAAUGUGGGAUAAUUAAGGAGCUCUGAUCUCAGCUGGCCUUAUUUUGCCUCAUACUGUAUAAUUCAAACACCCAUCAAACAAUAAAAAAAGUCUUGAUGGUGUUUUCCAUACAAUGUUUACUAAACAGCUUUAUUCAUGUGUAGAAAACAAGAGAAAUGUUGAAAACGACAUUUGCUCCAUAAAAUUUAAUGGCAGGUACUCUU